CUUUGUCACGUGGCGACGUCAAAGCCUUUCUAGCUGGUGCAUCCCCAGUGCCAACUUACCACCCCAUUUAAGUCAGACAAACUGAUCCAAUUGUCGUGAGAGCACUGGACUACAUUUCACCAUACGUCAGCCGACCAUCUCCCUCGCCUGCUGCCUCAAAUAUUAGCCCUUCAUACUUCUAUCUGCAUUGCAAGGCCUCAGAAAGACUUUUCCAUUGGCGAGGCAUGAAUUCCCCCCCUUUGUCCACCAUUGACCACCCAAUCAUUCGCCACAUCGCUAAUAUGGCCAACCAGGCAGCCCUUCGUGACACCGCCAGCUACGACACUGGAUUGCGGAAGUUUCGUGUCUUCUGCGACGUGUUUUCAAUACCCGAAUCCGACCGUCUUCCAGCAUCGUUCGAAUUGCUCCACUCCUUCGCUCUGUGGGCAGCCACAGACCCGGAGCCUAGUGACCCUCUUUUAUCAGCAGUGGGGAGCUCAGCUAGCUUCGAACCAGUCUCUGUCGGGGUUGUUCGUAAAUACCUGUCUGCCGUGCGAGCUUGGCACAUUGCACAGGGAUGGCCACCGUCAUUAUCAAGUUCGGAUUACGAACGAAUUAAAUGGUCUUUGCGAGGGCUCGAGAACCUCCAGGCUGGCCGUCGGAAGCCCCUCCGACCACCUAUUUCUAUAGCUAUGCUCACAGUUAUCAAGGCCGCCCUUAUAUUAUCUGACCCCUUCGACGCCUGCGUUUGGGCGAUGGCAUCAUGUUCCUUCUUCGGUAUGAUGCGAUUCAGCGAAGUCUCCGUCACUUCCCGCUCAGCCUUUAACCCAUCCAAACAUCUCACACGGGCUCACGCAUUUUUCGGUCACGACCUGCGGAACACCCCUUAUGCACGCCUCGACCUUCCAUCAGCGAAAACAGCGCGAGCCGGGGAAACGCAGUCUAUUUUUCUCACCGAACAGGGAGAUUUAUGUCCGUUGGCAGCUCUCCGCAAUCUGGCAAUGGUCGUUCCUGCCCUCGCAGAUGACCCUUUGUUUUCAUGGCGCGACAGCAGGGGUGAGAUUCGCCCGAUGGUGAAAGUUCGAGCUUUAGAACGGAUCAACUCGAUGUUGGUAGCAGGGGGAUGGGGCACAUCAUUUGGUCAUUCGUUUCGCAUGGGCGGCGCAUCGUUUUACCUUGCACAGAAAGUCGACCCCGAAAUAAUUCGAAUCGCUGGCCGGUGGAAGUCAUUGGCAUACGAGACUUAUAUCCGCGCAUUCGAGCAAAUCUCCUCCCAACACUUAGCUAAUGCUAUAUCUUCCUAGUCGUCGCCUCCACGUUUGGUUGGGCUAGGCAGCUAGGCUAUGAGCCACAGGUCGUUUCGGCUUGUUGGGUGAGCGGCCCCACCUACUUGCGUCCCAUCUCGAGCUAACGCUCAGUCCAGCCCAACCUAAUAGAUCGUGUCGGCGACUCUCGAGACAGUCGAAGCUGGACUGUCCAUGACUGAUAAAACAUUUGUCAGUAGGCUUUAAAUCUAGGAUUUCUAAUCUGUUCUGGUGCCUUUGGCUAUGAUCACUCAAGAAGGAUCCAUCCAUAAGUGAAUGUUCAAAACGUGAUAAAAGUAAAAAUAUUGUUGAGUCGAUUUCGA